AUGGCGUCAAAGCCUGAAGAGGAUUACUGCUGUCCUGUGUGCUGUGACAUCUACACGGAUCCAGUAGUCCUGUCGUGUAGUCACAGUGUGUGUAAAGCCUGUCUGCAGAAGUUCUGGAAAAUCAAAGGAUCCAGAGAGUGUCCCGUCUGUAGGAGGAAAUCUUCAAAGGACUUUCCACCCCCUAAUCUGGCUCUAAGGAACCUGUGUGAGGCGUUCUUACAGGAGAGAAGUCAGAGAGCUGCAGCAGGGCCUGAGGUGCUCUGCAAUCUGCACAGUGAGAAACUCAAGCUCUUCUGUGAGGAGGACCAACAGCCUGUGUGUUUGGUGUGUAGAGACUCUAGAAAACAUAAGAAUCACAACUGCAGUCCCAUAGAUGAAGCAGCACAGGACCGUAAGGAGGAGUUCAAGAUCAAACUGCAGCCCUUACAGAAGAAGCUGAAGACCUUUGUAGAAGUUAAACGUAUCUGUGACCAAACAGCAGCACAUAUUAAGACACAAGCCGAACACACAGAGAGGCAGAUUAAGCAGGAGUUUGAGAAGCUUCACCAAUUUCUACGAGAUGAAGAGGCAGCCAGGAUAGCUGCAGUGAAGAAGGAACAGAAGCAGAAGAGUCAGAUGAUGAAGGAGAAGAUUGAGAAGAUGAGCAGAGAGAUCUCAUCUCUUUCAGACACCAUCAGAGCCAUAGAGAAGGAGAUGGGAGCUGAUGACAUCACAUUCCUGCAGGUAUGGACCAUCCACUGUCUGUAUAAUGAAGUGUGUUACAUCUGCUCUAAUGAUAAAAAAAAAGCCUCUGGCUGUAACAUCAGGGCUGCCAAAUCUCACACUUUGGGCGUGACAGUCACGCAAUUUGACCCAUUCUCACACCACACGCCAUACUUGACAUUUCACACGCAAAAUAUUUCCCCAUUCAGUGCAUUAUAUAUAUAUUUUUCAUGAUGAUAAACUUUGGUCAUUGCCUUGCCGUAGUUCGAGCUCUGACCGACAGCAAUAGCCAAUCCAUCAGUCCUUUGUGCCUAAAUCUCACCAAUUACGGAAGGCAUCACGCAAUAUAAACAAAUCAGAAGCAACGUAAGGCGGGUCUUGGCGCCUCUAACUUUCAAACACACAACAGCGCCGACUCCGACAAUUAGAUUUAAAACGUUCUACUGCUUGCUAGAUUUUGUUUACAGUUGAUUCGCUGUUUCUCCUUGAUUUUCCAAGUUAAUGUUAAGGCUGCUAAGUCUAUAAUUGUCACUUGUUGCAGAGCUGUGUAACAUUUAUUUGGCCCUUUCUUGAUGAGUUCACACUUGAAAAAUCGGCUGCGAAAUGUCAAGCUUUGAGUGUGACAGUGAAAAAAACUCGAACUCUCACACUUGCCAUUUUCUGAAACUUGGCAGCCUUGUAGUUGUUGACGUGCUCAUGUCACUCACAUCAUUCAUCAAUCAUCAUUUGACUCAUCAUCCUGUGAGUGAUGAUGAUGGAUAGUGAGAUCAGAUUCAACUCCUGUCUGUCAGAUAUGAAGUUUCUUUCUGGAGCAUCAGUGUCCAACAUGAAGCUCAACAGUUCAAUAUCAGACAUUCACAUUCAUACCACAUCAUGGGUUGUGGAAUCAGUUGGUGUUAUUUUGGAGAGAGAAACACUAAGAUGAGAGAGCAGCAGAAGGCUGAAUGAAU